GUAACACUAGUAGUACAUUCCCAUUAGUAAAUAAGAGACAAUCAAAUUUCACUGGAACCAAUUCAGCAUGAAAUUAACCUGUCAAAGAAAACGCAUUCAUUUUGCUUGAAUCUACCAGUCAUUACAAUAGACAGUCGAAGAGUUGUGAGCAAACGUUCCGACAAUACUGUUUAUUACAGACCAAUGAGAAACUGCAAUUUGAGUUAUGGAUUUGUUUUGUCUGAUGAGACUUCAAAUAGUGGAGACGAUGUUUCUAGUAAAUCCAGAAAACCUCGUUCAUCUGCUUCUUCAAGUUCAUCAGUAUCGAUAUCAGGAUCCGUUCCAGCUUCAACAUCAUCAUCAGCAUCAUUUAAUCAAAGAAAACAUGUAGUAAAAGAAUUAGUGAAAACACAAGUAGACUUUGUAUCAGAUAUGAAAAAUGUCUUGACUGCAUUUGAUUCUGUUGGUUUAACGGUUACUGAAUCCAAUCGAUAUUCAUUGUUGGGAAAUUUGGAUCAAUUGGUACGUGUUUCUGAUGAGAUUUCAACGGAGUUACAAAAAGAAAUAUCUACAUAUAGUGAUGACCAACUUGGUAAUGCAUGUAUCGCUACAUGUAUAAAUUCGUUCAGAUUAUCUAUAAAUGAAGCAUUGAAGACGUAUAUCUUAAAUUUUUCAGUAGAUGCUUCAACAAAGAAUACAGAAAUUCAAACAUUUUCCGUGCUUGGUUUCAAAAAUCUUCAAAGCGAACGUCCAAAUAUAUUGACUUUAAAUGACGAAUUAAUUAAACCAGUUCAAAGAUUAGUUAAGUUAAAACAACUGUUUGAAUUAUUGAAAGAUGUAACACCGAUAAAUCAUCCAGAUUGUUUGGCAACUACGCAGAUGUUCAAUAACUUUGAUCAAUUAGCCUAUGAAGUGAAUGAAGUCAAACGAUGGAAAGAGAUUUGUGCCAGUGUUUCUGAAGAAACGCGAAAAUAUUCCCUAUUUCAAUUAGUUGACAAGAGCACUAAAAGAAUAAUAGCAAAGGCUGCACGUAGCUCAGGCUCAGAAGCUACUCGUAAAAUUCAACAAAGGUUUCUAACAGAACGAGAAGCCGUAAAUCAUAUCGAGAAGUCAUGUGCAUUAUUACAGAGUGCUGUUGAAUCUCGAUGUAAGAAAACUCGGAGAUUUAUAUUGGCACAGAAAGACUUUAUCUCUUUUAUGAAAAAAGUAUUUUUACAACGAAACACAAUUAAACUUCAUUCUGAUAUACCAACAACUAAUUGUUCAUCAAAUGAAUUACCUAUCGAUUUAAUAUUAAAUUGUGAGAUUGCAUUUGAUACAUUAAUUCAUUAUAUGAAUGAUAUAUAUUUGAGAAAAAUGUCAUCUAGUGUAGUUAAUCGUUUAAAUGAAUUGAAAAAAUUAAUAAAUCUUUCAAAGCGUCUUUUGGAUAAAUACGAUAAUACAGAAUUGAACAUUGUUUUAAUGGAAGCUUCAAUGAAAAACCAUAAAAAUGUUCAAGCUGUUGUUAAUAUGCAAUUACAAAGAGAAGACAAUAUACGAAAUCUGUCUACUUUACAGUUUGGACUACAACAUAUCCUACCUUCAUUGGUAAAAAGUGCAAAUAAUAUUUUAUUAUCAGCUAGUCAAUACGCUUUUAUACUUCAAUCAAAUCUUAUGCAAGAAGCUGAAAAUUUAGUUCACAAGUGUAUUAACGAUACUGAAAAAGACAAUAUAUCUAUACAACCUGGAUGUAAUAUAUCUCCUGCAGAACUUAUUAUUCGUCUAGAUAAAUUAAAAUCUCUUCUCUACGAAAAAAAACGUUGUCGAACUCAUAGAAUAUAUGAAGUACCUAGUGUAUUUAAAUGGGAAGAAGAAUCAACGUGUAGUGAAAAGAAUAAUUUACCUCAUCAGGAAUCUCAAAACAAAGUAUGUUACGGAUAAUUGUUGAAUGAAUUUAGUCAUACGCCCAUUGGUAUUAUUGUGUUGAAUAAGCAUAACUGCAUGAUUAACUUGAGAAAAAGAACUUUGUAUUAGUUUAAUUUUGAGUCAAACUGAAAGUUUCAAGGUUGUUCAUGUCUAUACAUUUUCCGAAUCCAGUAUUGUGUAAUCGAAACUGAAAAACAUAAAACAAUUUAUCACAUUCUCCAUCUUCACACUUUGAUCUACUGUAAAUUUGUGUUUAAUUGGUUAUAUAUAUUUGACAAUUUCUUAAAUUUAUUUAGCUGUAAUGUCAGUUAGCAGUCAUCUAUCAAAUUCAGAUAUAGAUAUUCAACCCUGUCAAACAAUUUCAACUAGAAGUGUUAUUAAAAAUUCCUUAUCACCAUAUCCGGAAAUGAAAAUUAUUUAUCGUGAGUCUGAUUACCAACAGGAGAAAAAACUAAGCAGGAUUUCUUCAGGUGAUGACAUUAGAUAUAUAAGUGUGAAAGAACAACCUUCAACUUCAAAACUCUGUGUGAAUGAUGAUUUUCCCGAUAAACCAACUCACAGAAUUACUCAUGACUUUUCGUCUAAAAAUAAAAAUGUUCUAAUAUUGUCCAAAGGUCAGUUAGUGACAAUCAUAAGAUCUUAUGGUCAAAAUGGGAAUACUAAUUGGAGUUUAGUCAAAUUUCAUCCAUAUGGUGAAAUUAAAUUCGUACCAACUAACUAUCUCGAAGCAAUAUGAAAUUCUUUUUUGGUUUCAUUUAAAAUCAUUCAUUUGAUAACGUCUUACUCAUUUUUACAAACUAGUAGUUUUUUGGUAUUAAACCAUAUAGUGGUUCUAAAUCUUGAACGACACAUAUGUCUAAUAUUCCUUUUGUCUGAUGAAUGACUACAGUUCGUUUACUUUGUUUAAUUAAUCAUAUUAAAAUGAACGAUUACUUUUGAAUGUUUUAAUUACAUUUGUCCUAUACAGAUGGGAUUAAGUAGUAAAAUAUAGAGAUUAUUUCAUCAACUGCUUUAACUUGUGUUCAUUGUAUAAAUAUAAAACAUACAGUGAACUAGU